GGACAUUUUGGCAUCACACAGGCGACGAUCCAACCAAAGUUUCAGUUGAAGCGAGAAAUGAAACCGGGGAAUCAUCAUGUUCGCCAGCGUCACCAGAGCAGGGAGGUUGGAAAGCCCUCACUCGCCCACAGCACAUCCCUUUGGCGGAGAGUACCGGCUUGUUAGAAUUCUCGGCCGCCUCGCUGCUGGGGUCAGUGGCAUCAUGUAGAAUGUGCGUGACGAGGGACUUUGGACAGCCUGAACUGCUAGGCAAUUUGACCGCGUGUGCGGAGAAAGGCUGUGCUGCAUGCCGUCUACGGAACCUCGGUAUUCUCAAAGCCCUAAGGCAGAGAGACCGACGCGUCUCGGACCCGGAACCACCUGCUUUCGUUAGGCUUGCUGGUCCUGCUAUAGGACUCGGCCCGGAAGCCUAUGACUCGAACCGGAUCUUUCUAUAUUCAAGACCCGGCGAGGGCACCUUUGUUUGUCCUAUUGUUGGUAGGGGUCAGGAGGUUGCUCCUCGGAGGGCAUCUCACAUCUCCGUUCUUAAGGAGUGGCUGAAAAGAUGCCAUGAGAACCACCCGGCUUGUGUCACGAAUCUUGAAGUUCCUCUGCCAACACGCGUCCUUUCCAUUGGCAAUGAAGAUUCGGACCGGGUGCGGCUGGAAGUAGCACGAGAUCGAACGGGCUGCUACACAGCUCUCAGUCACUGUUGGGGUGGCGGCAUUGAAAUACGGACAAUCAGGGAUAACGUCGAGUCGCGUGAAAAGGGAUUGCCGUAUUCCCUCCUUCCCAAGUCGUUUCAGGAUGCCGUCACCGUUACCAGGCAUCUUGGCCUGAAGUACCUCUGGAUCGACGCUCUUUGUAUCGUUCAAGAUGAUCAGGACGAUUGGGAAAGGGAGUCUGGAAACAUGGCUGCCGUCUACCAGAAUGCAUAUCUUGUGCUUGGCGCAGAUAUGUCGCCUAACUCACACGGCGGAUUUCUGGAUGUUGGACCCGGUGGCUACCACGGUGCAGGAACGCCAGUCGCUGUCGUCGAGUCCACAACAGUAUACGCCCGGUCAGGAGGCCCGCCUUCCCUCUGGAGCUCCCCACAUCCUGUCGCUGACGAGCCACUGUCGAAGAGAGCUUGGACGCUACAAGAGCAGUUACUGGCGCCGAAGAUGGUGCAUUUCACCUCGAAAGAGAUGGUAUGGGAAUGCAACUCGGGCGAGUUCUGUGAGUGCAUGGAUAUGGACCAUGCAGGCGAAAUUCCAUACCCGCGGCUCUCGAUUCGCGACAUCCGCCUAUCACUGUCCUUCACAUCAACUCCGGACAAGUUCAAAUUAUGGUACGAAAUUGUGAAUCAAGUCACAAAACGAGACAUCACAAUGCCUGAGGACCUACUACCCUGUCUCUCCGGGCUAGCCAAAAAGUUUCAGGACAGCGGCGCUGGUGUCUACCUUGCCGGUCUGUGGCUUGACGACGUGCAGCUAGGGCUGCUAUGGCGUCCAGAGCGUCCCGGCGUUCCCCAAACUAGCCUACGCGCAACCCCGUACCGAGGGCCAACAUGGUCUUGGACGUCUAUCGCCAACCCAAAAGCACCGUACUAUGAUAUUACUACAAAACUCGACCGCAAGUUAACAAAGGUCUAUGCCAAAGUCGUUAAGGCGGAGUGCACUCCAAAGGGGAAAGAUCCUCUGGGAGCGGUGUCAGGAGGCUACCUUGAAGUGGUGGCGCCGCUGUUAGAAGUUCCACCCUUCCUUAGUGUACCCGGGAUUUCGACGUUCGAUUUCCAUUUUACCCGAAAGCAGGGAGAGAAGCAGUUCAUCUUGAUCAUUGGGGAACUAACACUCGGGAAAGUAGAGGGCCUAAUCCUACGGCACCGGCCGGAUGUUUCCAAGAACACAUAUGAAAGGGUGGGGCGUUAUCAGUCCAAACAAUAUCCCCUCCCACAUGAGAGAGAAUUGGUUCAGGGCGGAUGGAAAUACAGCAGAGUCUUGCUUAUCUAGUCUCUAAUAUGGAUUUCAGCCAUUGUGGGUAUUAGCAAGGCGUUGGGAACUAUUGCAACACACGGAGAACAUGAGAAUGGUGGAUAGUAGUAAGAUAAGCUCCCUGGAGAUGGUGGGAGCAUAAGCAGGUAUAGAAAAGGUAGCGAUAUUGAGCCUCGAGGUAACAAAAGGAAGAUAGGAGUUUAAGAAGACUAGGUAUGUUAUAUAUAUAUAAAAGAGAGCUUGCUACAGUUAAGG